CUCUGUCAAAAAAAAAAGAAAAAUAUUCGUCAUCUGUUUUGGAACAAAAUAUUAUCGUUUUCUUUGCUAAAUAUUUAGUGUAAUUUCAUGUAAACAAAUAUAAAAUUAGCACACAAUGAAAUCAGGUUCAUUUCGUAAUACACAAUGGGAUCCCAUACUAUUGAUCUCACAAAUAAUCUCAGUACAAUUUUGUGUUUAUUUCACACUGGGCCUGUCGGUAGGCCUGGCAAAUAUGUUGGCAGGUGACAAUUAUCGUUUGGACAACAUAUUUGAGUAUCAUGAAAUACAUGUUUCCGAUUUGGGCGGCAGACUGUUAAUUUGUGCUUUUGUUACAAACUCAUUUUUGGCCUCUUUGGCUUUGUGGUGUAUAGUAAGAAGGGCUAAAUUGUGUUUAGAUUUUAGUUGCACUUUUCACAUUUUCCAUUUGUUAAUUUGCUGGUGGUACAACAACGCUUUUCCCUCGAAUAUUUCAUGGUGGCUGCUAAAUUGUAUUACCGCCACCAUUAUGUGUAUUGGCGGUGAAUUUUUAUGUUUAAAAUCCGAGCUUAAAGAGAUUCCAGUAGGCUAUUCAGCUUUAAAUCAAAAAUCCGAUGUAUGAUAUCAGAACGAACGACCAUUUAGUGUAAAAACUGGAGAGCAGUAAAAACUAAUAGACGCUUAACAUUUAUCAUUGCAGCUAAAACGUUAAAAAAGUAUAUGACUGAUACUGAUACAGAAUUCUAUAAUGUUUGAACAUAUUAGGAAUUUAUGUUUAUAACAUGUAAAAUAAAAAAAUAAUUUUCUGUUUUCAGAGAUUAUUAUUUUUAUUUUAUAUAAAUAGUAAAUCAUAAAUACAAAUUGAUUGUAUUUUUAAAAGUAAUGAAAUUCUGUGUCCUGUCCCUGUAUUUUUUUUAACAAUUAGCAAGAGAUUUUAAAAUGUUUAUAAGAUGUUUUUACUAUAGGUAGUUGUAACUAACCUAUAUUAUUGUCUGAAAACCUUAAUAUAAGUACGUAUUUAAAUGUAUAAGUAAAAUUAAAUAAAAUGCGAAAUAAAUUAAGACUAUAAAA